GGUCCAGUCACUGACAGACUGAGAGCAGCAAAAAAAAGCUCCGUCGCCAUUUCCCCCCCCAUUUCAAAAAUAAAUAAGAGUGGACCCUGUCUCCAGAGUCCAGAGGUCCAGAGGAGUCGCCAGUUGCAUCUCAAAGAAAGAGCAAUCACUAACAAACCUAAUAAUCAUGCAGUCAACAGGCCCUGAUGUGGACGACGCAGAAGAAAGCCGACCACAGCCGCCGACAAGUCAGACAGAAGCGUCCACCAGCACACCGCAGGAUCUCGACGAGUCGAACCAAUCGCAGUCAACGAUCGAAUUGGACAUUAUCGAAAAAGCCACCAGGAUAAGUGCUUCUGGUGGCGCUUGUGAAGCCGGUGAGGCUGAACGUCAAAAGCUACAAGAGUUUGAACAAGAAGCGAGAGCAUCCAAAGAAAAAUCUAGUGAGACAUUCCCCUUAAAUAUGGAAGCAGGAUCGGAUCAUCUGGACCUAGUUAAACUUGUGGAAGCCGGCCUAAGCCCAAGAGAUUCGGAUGCCAGUUUGACAGAACAAGUGCACACAAUAAAUCUUCAUCAAAAAACGACAGUCCCACAGGCUCCUUCAGCCAUGACAGGAAAACAGGGAUACGAGGAAGAAAAUGUAUCCCCUCUCGAUCUGGGCAAACAAGUGGAGGCUCCGUUCCAAGAAACUACUACCACCCCAGAACAGGACGACAACCGAAUUGCACUCGUUGACACCAGUGUAGCUCCCGAGGAUACGCUACAAAAUGAUCACAAUUUCGGAAUUAUGCCUUUGCCUCGAUUGGAACGGACUACUGCUAACAGAAGGGCCCAAGUACAACCAGGAGCCUACCCAGGUGGAGGAAAUCUUCAAGGAACAGAGGAAUAUCUGGAAACAACAGAGACAUGCAUUGAGCCAGCCACUACUGGACCGCCUACGAUCGAACCGGAAAAUGACAAUAGUGGUUUGGCUGUGGCAAACUUGGUUCAAGAUGAAACAACCCCUCAGGAUCUGCCCCAUGCUCAAGAUUACAGUCCGGACAACAUCAACAACAACAGAGAAGAAAGGAUGAAUCAAUUCAAAACCAAGAUCCUCUUGGGAGUCAUUUUCUUGUUGGCUAUCAUUAUCAUUUUGGUAGCCAUCCUGAUUCCUCAAAGUCAAGGGGAUAAUGCAGAUCUUUCCCCAACAACCGCACCUAGUGAGUUGCCCAGCAGCAACCCAUCUCAGGGACCAUCCUCCUAUGCAGAAUAUUGGCUGUCACUUUUCCCUGAAUCAACAGUCUCUACAAAUCUGGAGGACUCAGAAUCACCUCAGUCAAGGGCAUUUGUAUGGCUCAUGGAAGAGAUUGACAUUCUACACAAGCUUACAGAACAGAGAGUCAUGCAGCGUUUCGCACUUGCAACAUUCUAUUUUGCCAACAGCAACGAACCAUGGUCCUUUAGCGACAAUUGGCUAAACCAUAGUGUUCAUGAGUGCCUUUGGUAUUCAGGUUUGAGGGAUUAUUACGUCGUCUCUGAGGCCAACAUAUAUUACCCACUGGGUCAUAUCAGUCCCUGUGAGCAAGAUCCAACUGGAUAUCUAGAGGAUGGUGUACUCUACCAGGGAGAUGGAAUCCUGAAGCACUUUUGGCUGCCCUAUAAUGGCCUGACAGGAUCAGGUAUUCCACCGGAGCUCUACUUGCUCACAGACCUCAAGAGCUUGGCGUUGGAUGAGUUGAACCUUACCAGCACCAUCCCAGAAGACCUCUUUGGCCUUCCCAAUUUGGAGUAUGUUUCAAUGUUGGGGUGUGGGCUGUUUGGCUCCAUUCCGGAGGCAAUAGGACGAUUGUCAAAAUUUGGAAGCAUGUACUUUGGCUUCAACUCUUUGACGGGAACUAUUCCAUCAUCCCUGUUUACCGUUAAAAACUCCAUGAGAGGCAUUUCUCUAACAGAAAAUCUGCUGACAGGCCCAUUACCAACAGAACUGGGUUUGCUGACUGAUUUGCAGGUGAUCUGGUUCGAUGGAAACUUCUUCACCGGGACGAUUCCCACGGAGCUUGCGCAACCAGCUCUCUUACAAAUUUUAGAUCUUCGCGCGAUGAUGUUGAGUGGCACUAUCCCAGCCGAACUUGCAGUUCUCACAGACAUGUUAGUUCUGCAACUGGAUAACUCGGGUCUUAGUGGGACAAUCCCCAGGUGGCUUGGCAACAUGACAUCCAUGGACACACUGUUACUGGCGGAGAACUCCUUUUCUGGGACUAUCCCAACAGAACUUGGCCUGCUGACAAGGUUGUGGGCAUUAUGGCUUGACGCGAACUCUUUGUUGGGCACAAUACCAAGUGAAAUUGGAAUGUACGAGCGAGUGGAAACAUUGACCUUGAAUCGAAAUAACCUUUCAGGAACCAUUCCUACAGAGCUUGGACAGCUUACCCAUGUGUUUUAUCAGUUGUGGCUGUUUGACAAUGACUUGACUGGAACAGUGCCCUUGGAGCUUGGCAAUGUUCCCUUCCCUGCACCUUGGGGUGAAGUCUUGUUGCAUGGAAAUGAUCUUUCUGGAAUUAUCCCUGAAAGCUUGUGUUCUGCCUACAACCUUACUUUUGACUGCAGCAGCCAGCUCUGCGGAUGUGACAGCUGUAACUGUUCUGACAUUGAAACAUCACCGAUCCUGGAGGGAGAGACUACCAAUGAAGAUGGUCAGCUACUGAGUGAGGCAAACCAAACUGAUGGGAACCAAACUGGACCCUGAACUGCAUGACUGACUCAAUGUUUGUUAUUCAUGAUAGUACUUCAUGUCUGUAUAUAGUAGAAAGUAGUUUUGUUU